AAUCUAGCACUUUUUCCAGUGAUGGCAUCAAAAUGGUUACAGUUUAUAACCCAGAGGCAGACAACAUCAUUAUUUUUUUUGCUUUUUUUAGUUGUUUGCAGCAUAGCUUGUAUGCAAUGGCGACAUCAAGGAGGGAGCCUCAACCAAAUGUUAGGGCCAACCGGGGCGUCCGGAAUGUGUCCACAGGGCUCAAAUCCAGUGAGUCUGACCAAGGGAUGCGGCGUGCAAGGUCUGUCCCAACUUCUCCUGAUCGCAGGUUAUCCCCAUCGCCUGCCUCAAGCUCAUCCAACACCUGUCGACCCUCAUCGUCGGUCAGCGCUCGCACCACCUCAUUUCGGUCCACAUCUGGCUCGGGCUCUUCUUCCACCCAUGGAAAGACACUCCACCCUGCUUCUUCCCUGGCCAGCGCAAAGCAAGCCAACACAAUGAGAAGAAAAGUAGAAAAGCCUGGUGCCACAUCUGUGUGGCCUGCAGCCCUUGCAACACCAAACGCGUCAUCUAAGGAUAUCACCAGGGCAGCAAAAUUGCCAUCAACAGUGCAGAAGGGUAACCUAUCUACACGGCCUGGCAUCGAGAAGAUGGCAACAUCUUCCAUGAAACUGAAAACUCAGAAAUCAACGGCGGGACCUCUUGGAGCUGGAAAAACUCAAUCUGAGUCUUCGACUCGUGCUCCUGGUUCUGUAGCAAAGAGAAGAACGGGAGGCGAAAAUUAUGUUUCUAUCCAAAGGACAAGAAGUGGGCCGGCAAGACAAAUAGAGGCACCAAGAAUCGAGGAGCAAGAUGUUGAGCUGUUGAUGGAAUUUGACGAGACAGAGAGCAUAAGCACCUCUUCCAUAGAAGAGCACUUGCAAGAACGGCUCCCUGAUCCUGUUGAUCUGCAAUCUGUGGGUGUGAAUAGCAAGCCAUCGUAUGCUCAGGAGGAAUACAAGAAUGAGAAUACAGGGGACAUUUUAGAAGAGAAAAGUGAAGAAGACACUAAAAACUUGAACGAAUGUGACAAUGCUGAUACUGAAAUCAACAGCGAUAUAAACAUCCUGAAAGAAGCUACCAGUGGAACUGAAUUGAAGGAAGCUGUAGAUGAAACUGAGCUGAAGGAAGAUGUCAGUCCGGAAUCUGUUGAUGAGACAGAACUAAAUAAAGCUGUCAGUAAAACUGAGUUAAACAAAGCUACUGAUGAAACUAGGUUAAAGGAAGCUGACUGUGAAACUGCAUUAAAAGAAGCUGGCAGUGAAACUGAGAUAAAGGAUGCUAUUGCCGAACCUAAGUUAAUAGUACAAGAAGAGGCCAAACCUAAGGAAGAUAAGAUAAUGCUGCCAGCGAAGACCAUGGAGUUGGCACAGAGAUGGAGGAAGGAUGAUGGGAGGAGUAAUGAAGCCACAGAGGAGGGCAGGGGCAAGCCUAUCCAGGAGAGGAAGAGCAAGGUAAUGGCCUUGGUGGGGAGGUUUGAGACAGCCAUGUCUGGCUGAGAGUGAGAAUGGACGUGAGGUACUGAAGGAGCACUAGUAACAAACCUUCUUUUCAUAUUUCAAAGUAAAACGCCGCUCUGAUUCAUGAAAAUAUGUAUUCAAUUGUGAAGAGUGGAUGUCCAUAUGUUUCAUUUCAUUCACGUGACAGUUACUGUCUGGAAUUGAGUGAAAUUGCUGCUGAACAUUUAUAACACUUCUGCAAGUUAGGACCAGUAGCUUGUCCAAGCUCCAUUGUACAUGUGAUUAUGUGAUGAAAAAGAAAAACUAGUGUAUAUGUGAUUAUUGUGAA